AUGGACUUCGAUGAUGGCGGCAGUGACAGUCAGGAAGGGCGUGACGACUUUCAGUCCCUGACUACAGACUUGGAGCCCUUUACUUGCGAUCACCCAUUGCUGAAGUUUGGCCAAGUUGGCUACAAUGGACCUGCUGGCUUCAUGUGGGACUUUGCCUAUGUCUAUGACAACCUUCAUGCUUUGGGCGAAAAGAAGCAGAAGUACAAGAUGUUAAAGGAGCUCCAGGAACAAUGCUGUGAAGGGCAACACUUGUCCAGGGAAGAUUUGCAUGUGAAAAAGGAAAGAAGGCGAGGGUGCUUGGCCGUUGAUGCAGUGAGCACAUUGCUUGUCUUGCACUUUUUGCUCGACUUGCUCAACAAAACAAGAACUGAUGCCAAAGCGCUGACUAUGAGAAACUAUUUCAAAGAUGUUGGCAUGCUGGUCACCCAGGAAGCAAGUCGCCACAAUGAUGUGCUGAAGUUUUCAGUUGGUGACUUUCCUAUGCAUGUUCUGCCUACAGGGAAGUUGCAAGGCUUUCGUUUGUGGCUCGGAAGACAUGUUCACAAACAGGUGGUUCAAUUGUGGCUUACACUGUGGAAGUGGAUGGCCAGGGAAGACAAUGGGCCACUUCUGACAGAAGACAUUUCCAGCAACGAUGAUGAGGAGCCAUCCUUGGUGGAUUUACUCAUGUUUUGUGUCAAUUUUAUACAUUCCUACAAGGCGGCCCAUUCGUUUCGACAGCCUCCCCCUUUCUCCACCGAUAGCAUGAGAAAUCUGCAACAAUGCGUUCUCAAGUUUGUGGCGUGGGUUGUCAACAAUGUGGUGCUUGAGAUGAUGACCCAGCAGGACGAUUCUCAGCCAGUGCCAUCCAGACGCGUGAGAAGGAACUCCGAUGCAAAUCUGCGGAAGAUGAGUCCUCAUGAGAUCUGGCGUGUCAUUGAGCAAAGCAAGGAUACUGGGGUGUCAUACCAAAAGAUUUGUGCUCUGCGAAAAGAUGACCCACAAGGAGGAAUCAGUGAGCAACUGACGUGGGUUUGGUACAGGCAGUCAAAAUUUCAAUGUACAGAACACAGGCCGUCAUCAAGGCUAAGUUUCUUCAAUGUGAAGAACUUCGCCAUUGUCACGGAUGCCUCAACUCAUAGCAACAAGGACUACCUGAUGAGCCUGGCCUAUGACCCUGUAAAUGGAGUAGGGGCUCACAUGUGCUCAGUUCACGUCAGGUCAACAAAAGUGUUACACCCACAGGAGAUGGAGCUGACACCAGAAGCAGAGCGCUUGGCAGCGAGACGGGAAAUUGAACGGCUUAGCAGCUUGAAGUUCUUGCAAGGCCUUUCGGCCCAGAUAUGCAAGUUGACUGACCUUUGCUUGGAUGAUUUUAAAUUUCCUGAAGUCUUGCUCAAAAUGUUGGAGCUGCAACCAGGCGAUAACUUCUUCUUUGACGACAAUGUCGCAGUGCUGAAUGGAGAGGAGUUUCAAUUAAGUCAAUUACGUCAGUUGUCUGAUUUGCCUUGUUUGCAUUGCAUCAUGGACCAAGGCAAAGUUGGCUGCGCAGCUGCUGCCUUUGUCACUUCCCAAGCUGGCCUCCAAAUCCACUUCACCUUCGACAAGAUUCACCGCCUGUUGAGAGACCUGAAAAACCCAAUCAAAGCAGCUGGCUUGGAAUCUUGUGUUUUGGCAACAACGUAUCUGUUCAGCGUCAACACCAAGCCUUUUGGAAGUGGCCAAUGGUUUACGGAAAAAACUCAGAUCUUGGAAGCAUUCUUUGAAUCCAACAGCUUUGACUGCCAAUGGUUUCAGGCAUUGAAAGAGAGAAUUGCCAAUGAUUUUGGUAUGGAAGGGUGCUCCGACAGGGAGAUCUGGGACUCCAUUCCCGAGCAAUUGGAAUCGUGGAGGCUCAAGGGCGGACUUGCCAAGGCAAGCAGAUGGUUUUCCUGGAACGAAGGAGCUGCUGUCCACUUGAAAGAAUGGCAUAGCUCCCUCAUGCUCCUCUCGUGGUACUUCCCAACAGAUCUUGACACUGAUGGUCAGUCUGGUUUGUUAGGCCUCAAAGGCUGUUUGACACAGAUGUAUUGGGAAGAUGCCCACAUCAUCUUCAGAGUUCAAUAUGGAAUGUGGUCGUGGUACUCGCAGCAGAUCCAUGAUGUCAAAAGCCCAGAGCAUGCAAUCAUUGAAUCUUUGGAAAUGGUCGAGUCAUGGAUGAGUCAUCAGUCUCUCCAGACCCUUGCUGAAUCGUGGAGCGCUCAAACUUGGGCCGAUGUUGAGCGGUUUGUGCCUGACCAGGAGGCCUUCAUUGCCAGAGUGAAUACCUAUGCUCUUGGAUGCUUGAUGAAUCGUUGCGCAACGCUUUCCAAGUUCUCAGCUCCACCUGAGACAUGGGUUGGGCUUCUAGAUCCCCAGCAAGCACAGGUGACAAGAAUGCGGCUCUUGAAGGAGUAUCGUUGGUUUCAAUCCUUGCGGUGCAGCAUGGCUCCUUUUGCAGCAGAGCUUGCCAGUGACAUUGAGACGGUCUUCGAUUUGCCUUGUCGUCAUUUGUGUCAUUUGUGUCAUUUUGACUUUGGAGCAGCGCAAGAGCUGGCCAAGCUGCUGAUUGGUGGCUUUGCGGAUUCAAAAGUGGUGGAGGACAUUCACCAAGCAUGCAGGGUGGCCACGAACCCAGGCAGCAACAAGAAGCUCUCUGGAGCUACGUUGCAGCUUGUUUGCCAAUUCUCUGAGGUUUUGGACAAGAGAGGGAUCGUCCAUCCAGCUGCCGUAACCCGUGAAGAAUUCUUGGACAAGUGGCCUGAUGCCAGAGAUGAUUUCAACUGCCGCCAGGAAUUCAAAUCAUCCAGCCAUAGUCUACCAGCUCGCUACUCAGAGAUUCUGACGAAGAAGAUGUGGCGCACUGUCAGUGAGGAUUGGCUUCGAACCUCAUACGGGGCAUGGCAAUGGAUGAUUCAAUACUGCGGGCAAAGGCUUGCUGACCAAGGUGUUCGCCUGGAGGAUGGUCUUCUGAACCGCCUUGCUUUUCAAGGGCAAGUGAUUGAAGUCAAUUUUGUCUAUCUACUCAUUUUGGGCAAUUUGAAGUGGCAAGCCCUUGCUUGGCCGUUGAAGCUUGUGGACGCAUCUUUUUGGCUCCGAAUCAAAGAGAAGUCUAGGAAGGACAUCCUUUUGAAGCUGGCGUUGCAUUUCGGAGAUGAUUUUGCAGAGCUGGUCUUGGAGUGCGACUCUAAGACGACAAAGAAGUCAUCAUCUGAUCCAGAUCAAGCAGCUUUGGUAAAAGCUGUGUUUGACCACUUGGACGCGGAUGAGCAGAAGGAGUUUCGCUCUGUCAAGGAGAAUGUCUACAGGGAGGAGAAAACUCAGAAGCAAUUGAAGUGGCGCAAAUUGCUCAACGAAAAAAUGGAGGAGCAAGCAGAAGCAAGCGAUGCUGUGAAGAUGGAAGACGAAGAGGAUUUGGAGGAAGAAGUGAAGCAAACGAAACUGAACGUGCUGAAGCAGCAGCUGAACUUGCUGAGGAAGCAGCUCCUCCUGCUGAACUUGCCGAAGAAGCAGCUCCUGCUGCUGAAGUUGCUGAAGGAGCUUCUCCUGCUGAAGUUGCUGAAGGAGCUCCUCCUGCUGAACUUGCUGAAGCAGCAGCUCCUGCUGCUGAACUUGCUGAAGCAGCAGCUCCUGCUGCUGAACUUGCACCCCCGGCUCAACCGGCUGAGCCAGCUCGGCCAGCGCCUGUGCCUGGCAGAGAUGUCGGGCCUCGAGUGCACUCAACACCUGCCCUCCUCAGAAGCAUUGAGAGAAGUCCCAGAUGAAGUUUUUGAAGGCCUCAAGGAUGAGAUGAGCCCAAGUGCAGCUUCAGAAGAUGACGAUCAAGAGAAAUGGCUGGAUGACAAGCUCCAACAGAUUUCUUCGUUAGAUUUCUAUGAUUUCUUGGCCUGCAGCAAAUUCAAUAGGCGUGUCGACUGGCCAGAAGGACUGCAUCAUGUCAAGUCCACAUGUCAAGACUUUCUUGAUUUUGACCAAGAGAAUGGCGGCAGGGCCUCGAAAGUGUGGCCUUCAUUUUUGUGUGAAGCAUAUCCUUUUUUGCGCGGCGCAACAUCGUGCUUGGAGAUGAUGGUGCUGGUUGCUGAAAGGUUUCUUUUCAAUUUGGUCAAUUUCAAUGAACUGGAUCAAUUGGAAUUUGUUGAGUUUUGUGCUGGCCGAGCCCAUCUCAGUCGAGAGAUGCUGCGUCAAGGAUUUCACCAAGGAGCUUCUGUGGACAUUCUUUUUCAUCCCCACCAUGACAUGUUGAGUUCCAAGGGACUGAGGACUUGGUUUGACAUGGUAGUGGCUUCUCGGCGAAAGUCGUUACACUGGUUUGCUACCAGAUGCUCGAGCUUCGUCCCGCUCUGUAUCUCUCAAAGCAUGAGAUACGAGGAGAAUUCAUUCUACGGGGAUAGAAGCAGGCCAUGGGUGGAGCAGGGCAACCUUCAACAGGAAGUAACUGCAAUGAUGAUGUUCUUCAGUUUCCUCUUGGAUUGCAUUCCGGUGUUGGAGCAACCCACAGGGAGUGUGCUUCCAAAACUACCAUCCCUUCGUAAUGUUUUGUGGUUCUUCGACUUCAAGAAGACAGUGACCUACAUGGGAAGCUUUGCUGGCCCAACAAGCAAGCCUCUCCAGAUCUGGCAUCCGUCUUCAGGGCCUGGCUCCCUAUUUGCAGCCAUCGCCAGGCCAAGGCCAGAUGGCUUGGACAAUUUGGCUUCCAGUGGCCAGAGCUGGGAUGGAAGCCACACUUACACUGGCAAUAAGGAGAUGCUCAUCGAAAGCGAGCACUACACGCCAGAGUUUGGCGCUUGUGUCGCCCAAAUCUACGAGCAGAUUCGAGCUUCGUGA